UGGAUCGCAAACCUCAGCUGUCAUAUAUCAUCGUACCUGUCUCUUGCAGUCUGGUAGUUAUAAUCAUUAUAGUGUUUGGAGUUGCUUACUUCAUACAAAGCAGAGAAAGGUAUUCAGUGGAAGUUGCAGACUUUGACUUUGGAGCCAGUGAAGAGCCUGAAUAUAAGACUAUGUAUGAGCAGAUUAAAGAGUCUCUUUCUCAAGCUGUGUCAGGCCAAGACUGGGAUGCAGAUGAAGACAACAAGUGGCGGGAUAGAGGGCAUGUGGUUGAGAGGCCUCGGAUUCUUGAAGAAGAAGAUUAGUAUGUAUUAUCUUAUGAGUGCCUUGUAAUCUAAUGGUAAUUGGGCACUGGUGAUAUGCUUGUAUAUACUGUUUUAUAGAAAAAGACUGACUGAUGUACAGAAGCCUAUCAUAAGAUAUAUCAUUUAUAGUAAAUAUGAAUUGUACAUUAUAUUUCAUAUAAAAAUGCAUAUUAGGUGUGUAAAAUUUAGAUAGGUUGCUAUUGUUAUUCUACAUAACUGUUUCAGUGAUGAGGGAUUUUGUAGAUAAUUCUAUACUUUUUUUUUUUUCUUUCUUUCUUUUUUCUUUUUUUUAACAUUCCUUUACCUGUUGGAUCCAGGUGCCUUACUGGUUCAUAUAUGGACUAAAGUCUAGGCAUGAGGCUUUCUUGAGCAGUCAGUCUACUGGAUGUGUUUCUUGUAGGCCUGGCCCACACGAACACUCACGCACAGUAUCAAGACUUCUUGCCUCUUUGUAGUUCUUUUUCUGCAGAUGCAUUUUGGUUGUUUUGCCAUUUUCUAUAUUUGUCAUGUGUUAUGCUUUUCCAUGAGCAGACUCUAUAUUAUCUCUCCAUGUAGUUAGCAAUAACAGUAGCAAUAUAUAACAUGUUUUUUCCCUCCCAAUAUUAUUCAAUUUUCUGUAACAGCGGGCCAGAUUUGGUUCCUGUAUAUGGACAUUGUGUCCUCCCUGGAAAUAGCCCUUUCCCAGGCAUGGCUCAUGGCUCGUAUACUACACUCUCAUGGACAAGUGUAAAUUGUGAAUGGGCCUAAAUAUCCCUCCAGUUGCUUUGUGUACUCUUCACAAGAAAUCCCUAUCACCCAUCAAUUUGCAACAGUUUACCAUGGUGAAACAUUAAUAUCACCUGCCCUUUGGCCUAAUUUUUUUACUCAUGAUGAGUUUUCAUUACUUGUCCCACAACCAAAAUUUUUUGUGAUGAGGUCCCAAUCACCCGGAUCCAAUGGGUUAAUAUUUUGAUAAGACCAUUUAAGUUUAGGUUUGAUUACCCAAGAGCUUUUCUAUGUAAUAUACAAUUCAUUGCAAUCUAUAUUCAAAGUUUAUCCUGGUAUUUCUUUCAAGGUAAAGAUUAUCUGAUAAACUUGGGCAUUCACUCAUGACAUGUCACAAUCUCAGACCUUAUGAAAAGAUGUACCCAGAACAGUCAGCAAUAUAAGAUUAUCAUAUUAGAGGUAAUGUUUCCUAUAAUCUAUAGGACUAAUAAUGAAAAAGAGUAUUGUCAAGUAAAUGGCAUUUGAAUUUCUCAAAUGCAUGCACAUACUUUGUUAAAGUUUGUCAGUGCUUUGAUCUUGUUCAUAAUUUUAUUUACUUUUCACAGUACUUUGCAUUCAUUAUUAGAGUAAUAUCUUGCCAGGUGAAUAUCUGUACAAAAGUUGAAGGUAAUAUCUUAUAUUUAUUGUUUUAUUUAUGUAUAUUGCAAUUGUAUUUUUUAUGUAUAAAAGAUAUUUGAAUUUUAUUUGUUUGAAAGUUGGUAACUAGAAGUCAUUGCAUAACUUGUGUAACAUUAAAGCAGUAAAGUCAUUACACUAAAUCUGGAUUUUACACCUUUUAAGGCAAACAAUAAUCUGCUUGGUCUUUUAGAGAACAAUGUAAAUGACAUAUAUAACUAUAGAUUACAAAAAGUGGGUGAUGUUAGAAUAUUACAACUUGGGAAGUGAUUAUCAGUGACUUUCCAUGAAUGACAAUAUGUUAUGAAUACUGGAAAUGAUUAUAGGCAGAAGUGUAUAUAUGAUGUAUUUUAUUGCCUCUUAUUAAAAUCAGUGAUGCAUAUAAUGUAAAUUAUUGAUACAAGUUUGAAUCUUGCCAUUUCCCCCAAUAUAUGAAGCUGUAAUGAUCAGACAUUUUGAGAUACAUCAGUUGUUUUAUUUAACAUUUUUAGAAGAACUAUUAUAUUAUUUAACACAGAUUUUGACAUUUAAAAGCAGAAUAAAAAAAUAUUUUUUUAAAUAAAGAAUUUGUAAGGACAGAUAUAAUUAGAAACUUUAUUUAUGGAUAUAAAAAAAUAAAUUCUUAUGGUCAUCAUUCAUCUGUUGAUGACAGGAGAGCAUACAUAUAUGGGUAGUGUCCACUGUGAUAUUGUUUUAUUAAUUUUGUUUACAUGGGAGGUUCCAAAGAGUAAUUUUUGAGCUUACUUGACUGAGUCUGUUUACCUUUUUCCUUGAUCUUUGGGGGGGAUUUAUUUUUAUUACUAUUAUUAUAGUCAAAUAUAGAAAUAUUGAUAUAGAUAAAAUUGGUGAUAAUAGUUAUAAUAGAAAUUACAACUUUUUUUCCUUAAGAAUUCAAGCAAGAUGAGAUUAACAAGGCUUUGUAAAAGACUUUUUGAUGAAAGAUAAGUAGCACCACUUUAGCUUGUUGAACCCAAAAAAUGGAGAUGACUUUUCCCAGGAGUAUUUUUUGUUUUACUUUAGGUAAUCAAGUAAAUCACACAAAUAAUUAUUUAACUUGCCAUUUCUGGCAUCUCAUGAAAAGUCCUCAUUUGGUGAAGCAUGGUAAUGUCAUUUAGCUUAGCUCCUUUGAAACCUUAGUCUGUAUCAGUAUAUUGUGAAAGUGUUUCCUCAAUAUAUAUUUAUAUAUAUUUUUUGACAGUUCAGUAUGGUGUUGGGUAAUUAAAAUUGUUUUUUCAAGGCUUACCACUCGACUUCCCAAAAAAGUAGAGUAAUCACACUUGAAGCAAUUUAAAUCUUGGCACAGUAUUCAUGCAAUACAUUUUUCAGCAGAGUGCUUAAUCUAUUAUCUCACGACAAUAAAUGAAUGAAUAACAGACCUGUGACAUGCAUCUCCUACUUCUGCUUCUUUGGAUGCAUACAUAUUCUUCACUUGAUCAAAUCCCUUCUUUGCCUAUUCCUACUUUAAUUCAUUUACUAAUCCUCUCUCCCUUUACCCAUCUUUACCCUUUCGAAUACUAUCCUGCUACUGUAUGACUGUUGAUGUGUAGCACAUAAUCAUUAACUCCCCGCCCCCCCUUUACCCUUUCCGAUAUUAUACCUUCCUAUGGUGCUACUUGACCUUUGAUGCCUAGCACAUUUAUUUUGCCUUUUAUCCAUUAACCAUUCCCUUAAGACAUUCAUCAUGUCUACUCUCCUGCACUUACUACUUUCUCAUACAAGAUAUACAUAUUUUAAUUAUCAGUAUAACAUUUGUCUGGUUUUCCUUUCUACAACUGCCAUUUCUAGUCUUGCAACUACCUGUUGAUAAGUACGGCUUGUAGAUAAUGGUUAUAAAUCAUGGGAAAAUACUGAAAUAUAUAUAGAAACCUUAUUAAUAAUUAUGGUAUGUGAAGGCAAACAAGUAGGUGGGGCUCAAUACGGCUGCCAACAAGGAUUUUCAGUGAGACUGUGGUGCUACCUACCUUUUUAAGUACCAUUUUUUUUACUAAGUUCUUGCGAAAGCGUGUCAACAAAGCUUAUUUUAAAAACUAUUGUGGACAGCAAUGGGUCAUAUACACAGAGAAAUUCCAUAUUGUUAAUAUGAUUGGUAGCAUGUUCUCAAUUCAACAGUCACAAUGAACUUAACAGUUAUUCCACCACUGUACAUUACGUUGAAAUAGUAAUGCAAUAAUUUAUGCCUAACAUGACAGUUGUUUAUAAAUAGAAUACGGAAAUUUUUGGGUACUAAUCUGUUGUAUGCACUUAAAGAUUUACUCUGAUACAAUUUAUUUUAAUUGAUUUGAAAAGAUCCUGUCACAAAAUUAUAUGAUAAAUGUUUUUGAUAAAAAAGUAUGUGUUCCCACUUUGGCAAUAUCCAAUAAAUCUAUUGAAUCUGGAGAAUGUCUUUCUCAACAAAUAAAGUAUUGAAUUUAA